AUGGAGACGCCGGGAAUGCGCAUGUUGCCGAGUGUUGGCGCCCCAACUGGAAUCUCACAGAAGCUGGUGGUCAUGACGUACAACGUGCUGGCGCAGUGCUACGUUCGCUCGACUUUCUUCCCGUACUGCGAGUCCAGCGAACUCCGCUGGAAGAACAGGUCCAAGAAGUUGGAAGCUGUAUUCGCCUCGAGUCUGCCCGUCUCGCCUGAUGUCAUCUGUCUGCAGGAAGUGGACAACUACAAGGAAUUUUGGGCGGGCAUGAUGAAAAAACUUGGAUACGGAGGUCUCUUCGUUAAGAAGACAAGCACUAAGCCAGACGGUGUGGCUGUAUUUUGGAAUGAGAAGAAGCUGAAGGUGAAAGAGUCCGAAGAGAUUAGUCUGGACUCGCCUAGUGGUGAUGAAUCGGAUAUCGAUCAUGAGUUGCUGUCAAGAGCUUCAACGAGAGGAAGCGUCGGUGCCAUUGUCCACUUCGAGCAUCUCGAGACCCAGUUGAAGUUCAUCGUCGCGACUACGCACUUGUUCUGGGAUCCCAUGCAGGAAGACGUGAAGCUGCUGCAAUCGCGCCGAAUGCUGCGUGCAAUCGAAGAGUUUACAAGUUCACUGGAUGCAUCAACGCCGAUAAUCUUCGCUGGCGACUUCAACUCCUUGCCAGACAGCAAAGUGUACAGCUUCAUCACAAGCAAAAGCCACUACCGCAGUGCCUACGCGCAGUAUGAAUCGGACGGUGAACCCAAGUUCACGAAUGUCAAUGGCGACGCUGAAACAGAUGAUGGCAAGAUGGUGCCGCGCUUCGUCGGCACGCUGGACUACAUCUUCUACCGCUUGCCCAGGAUGCGGCCGGCAGCGCUGAUGGAGCUCAUGUCAUUUGAAGAUGCCAGCAAGGAGGUCGCUCUGCCAAGUACCAUCUCUCCGUCGGACCAUCUACCUCUCUUGUGCGAGUUCCACAUCCAGUCAACUUCUAACUAG